AUGUCUUUAAAUAUGUCUGAUCAUAAUUCUAAUUCUAAUCAGUCUUCAAUAAGCAAAGAAAACAGACCGAAGCUAAAAAUUCUAGCAUUUCAUGGCUAUCGACAAAAUGGUAACAUGUUCAGAGGAAAAAUUGGUUCGUUUAGGAAAGCAGUUUCAAAAUAUGCACAGCUAACCUUUAUUAGUGCUCCUCAUAAGGUACAUAGUGAAGAAUCUAGUGGGGAAGAAGAUGGUCGUUCUUGGUGGUUCAAUGCUGAAGACAACACAUUCAGUGGCAAGUGUCUCGGAGGUCCGGCGAUCGGAUUUGAAGAUACAUUGGAUCUGAUAAAAACUGUUGUGAAGGAACACGGCCCUUUUGAUGGUUUUAUGGGGUUCUCACAGGGAGCCUGUCUCGUUGGGUUAUUAGCUGCUAUGCAGCAGAAAGGAUAUUUAACAUACUCAUUCAAAUUUGCAAUAUUUGCGUCUGGUUUUCGCUCUGGAAGUUUAGUCCACAAAGGAUUUUAUGAUGAAGAAAUAAAUCUACCAUCAUUACAUGUUUACGGGGAAAGUGACUCUAUAAUUCCCAAAGAAAUGAGUGAAUCGCUUAUAAAUCUAUUCACAAAGCCAAUUGUCGCUGAGCAUUCUGGUGGACAUUACGUUGCAUGUUCGGGCUCGAUAAAAGAUGCGUAUUUAGAUUUUUUACACGACAGGUACCAGGACCUCAUAGAACAACCGGAGGCUGAUAAUAAUAAACAGUCUUAG